UCUCACACACACUCAAAGGCACACAUGUAGACUACUUUCUCCCAUUUAGACCAGCAACCAUUCAUGUUGUUGGACUACUGCUGUCGUUGCUGUGGAUUCACACUUAUAAAACGCCAUGGACCCUUCUCCCUCAAGACUGCACCCAGUGAUACCUUGGUCGUCCUGCAGAAUCUGCUGAUGUGCAUGGUGUGCUUCUACUCCCUCUAUUACAUCGUGGUCAGUCUUUGCAUUGGACUGUUCAGGGUUCAUGAGAUCAACAGCUUGUUGACUCCUUUUGACUACACAACACAGCCAUCAUGGCAGAACCCCAAAUACUUGGUUGGAGUCAUUUCCACAGAGGUGACGUAUGUUUUGGGAGGGCUGGUAUUCGCUUGGAUUGUGGAGGAGUGGGUCUGGGAUUAUGCCAUAACCGUCACACUGCUGCAUGUUGCAAUGACUGUGGCAGUGAUGUCAGACUUCCCUUCAGCGGAGCACUGGUGGAUCGCCCUGGGUUCUGGCUUGGUGAUGAUGAUCUUUGGAGGACAGCUCCUGGCCUACAAACUCUUCAGGAGCAACUUUGUCUAUCCAGCUGAACUACAGCACUUCUAAGGAAAACCAGGAAAGCUUUUAACUGGCUUAUCAGUUAAUCCGAGGUCUGACGUAUGCUGAUUCACUUUGCACUUCACAGCUAAGUUCAUGUGUAAAGCAACCUAUUGACACACUUCAUGUUUAUACUUGAAAAUGUGGUCCAGUAGCUGAUAGAGAGAUCUUAAAAUUGUACAUAUGGCCAACUUUGUCUACUUAGCAGCAUCUUUUUUAUUCUUCUGUACAGUUUAGGUGUUGUUUUGUAUUCUUUACGGCUAGCAAUGACCCGCAAUUCACUGACUUUUAUUUGUGUGGUGAAGAUUUAAACCUCCUAUUUUUUUUAUUUAUUAUGUCACUGUAACAAUCUAAAUAUGUCACAUUCAUAGUUUUGUAUAUACAGCUUUGUCAAUUCAUUCUGAUUUGGAAAAAAGUGGA